AUGGGGCAGAGCCACUCCUCCGCCAAUGACGCCGCCGGCAGCGCUGACCAGGACGUCAAGACCAGCUACUAUGUCUUGCUGGGCAUAGAGCGGGCAGCCACCGAGGAGGAGAUCAAGAAGGCGUACAGGAGGAAAGCAUUGGAACUGCACCCGGACCGGAACUACGGAAACGAGGAGGCUGCCACCAAGACAUUCGCAGAAGUACAGGCCGCGUAUGAAGUGCUCUCCGACCCUCAAGAGCGAGGCUGGUACGACAGCCAUGAGAGUGCCAUCCUGCGUGGCGACGACGGAGGCGAACCUGAUGCACCUACCUAUGAAAACGUACGGGUAACAACCGCAGACGACCUUGCACGCCUGGUGAGGAAGUUCAACAGCAACGUGGAGUUCUCCGACUCACCUUCAGGAUUCUUUGGCUACAUUCGAGAGACGUUCGAACAGCUUGCCAAGGAAGAAGAGAUUGCCGCCAACUGGGAGGAUGUGGACGUUCUGGAGUACCCAAGUUUCGGCCACAAAGACGACCAGUACGACGAUGUCGUCAAGCGCUUCUACUCUGCCUGGUCUGGAUUCUCUACCGUCAAAUCAUUCGCAUGGCGGGACAAGUAUAGACUCUCCGAAGCUCCAGAUAGAUGGUACAGGCGCCGGAUGGAGCAGGAGAAUCAGCGCUUACGUAAAGAAGGCAAACAGGAGUUCACCGAAGCUGUCCGAUCGCUCGUGGCUUUCGUGCGGAAGCGUGAUCCUAGAUACGUGCCCAACACCCAGAGCGAGGCCGAGCGUCAAAAGACACUGCGUGAUGCCGCUGCGUCUCAAGCGGCUCGAGCCAGAGCUGCAAACGCGGCCAAGCUGGCCACGGAGGAUGUGCCCGAGUGGACCAAAGUGAGGGAUCCGGAGGAGCUUGAGGAGAGCGAGGAGGAAGAAGAGGACGAGGAAGUCUUCGAGUGCGUGGCUUGCGACAAGAUCUUCAAGAGUGAACGCCAAUGGGAGGCUCAUGAGAAGAGUAAGAAGCAUCAAAAGGCCGUCAAAGCGCUUCAGCACAAGAUGCGCAAGCAGAAUGCUCAUCUUGAUCUGGAAGAAGAAGGCGUCUCUAGCGGAAUCACUAUUCCUGAUACAGCAGAUGAGGAGGAGCAGAGAGAAUUGGACGACUUGGUCGCUGAAGUGGACGGUCAUGAUGCUCUUCAUAGCAGCGCUGGACAGGCUCACGAGGAAGAGCUAGCCUCAGAGGGUGACGCUGACCAAGAUAUUGACGAUGUAAACAACACAGCCGAAGACGAUGCAAGGGAGGGAGACACAAAGACACCAGGACAGUCGUCCGAGAAAAGCGAGGAUGAGUCAAAUUCGGAAGAUGAAGACUACGCAUCGCUUUCUACCAUUCAAGCUAGGAUGUCAUCCGCGACUCUUGACACACCUCCGACUGCUGCUUCAGAGAUCUCAGCCGAUGACACGCAGCUGAAAACCCUGGCGGAUGGCGAUCAGCCUUCAAAAUCAAAGAUGGGCAAAGCGGCUCAGAAACGGGCCAAGAAAGCUGCUGCCGCUGCCAAUCAAGUAGAGGCUGGACACAAAUGUCAGCUCUGCCACGAAGAGUUUCCUUCGAGGACGAGACUAUUCGCACAUAUCGAGGAAGAGGGACACGCUGCGCUGAAGAGUGCGACGUCUUCUGGCGGCGGCGGCAAGAAGAAAGGCAAAGGGAAACGGUAG